AUGGAGGCUGCGCCGCCUCGACAGCGACAUGGCCAGAGACACUUCCCACCCAGCCCCCCAUCGUCUCCUACAGCUCGAAGAAGACACAAGAAGAAGGGCUCAGAUGAUCCAUUUCUUCGGUUGGGACACCCCGCAAAUCACGCCCUUACUGCAUCACCGCCAUCAUCUCCGCCAAAUGAAGCGGACAUAGCGGACGAGCCUCUGUACAAGCGGGUCAUCCUGACUCCUUUCUUGUUCACGUCCUUCCUCGUUUCCCUCUUCCUCAUUGACACCCAGAACGCCGUCGCAAGAACCAAGAACUCCAGCCUUUUCAGCUUCCUCGAUCCCGAGCCGUACCAAGAUCCCUACGACUCGAGAUGGGGUCGACGGGGCUCAACACCCCACGUCAAGCCACCCGAUUCUUUGAAUCCAGACCAACGAUCCGGUGGAGAGAAGAGAAAGCGCCGGUCAUGGCAUCUUCAUAGGAAGAUCAGGAAGAUCGCUAAACUGGAAAUAAGUGACGCGUUUGAGAUGCGAGGAAGGGUGAUGGUCGCAAUGGUUCUCAUUUUGCUAAUGGCUCUAUAUGCAGCUUGGUAUGCCUUCAGGUGGAUUUUGAACAUGUUCUGA